AUGAUUAAUAAAUUUAAACAAAUAAAUGGAAUAUUAAAAAAUAAUACAGUUUUUUGUGAAGGCCGAAUUUUUUCCAAAAGUAUUUUUUUUUAUAGCAUAAAAAUUAUUAACAAAGAAAAUAAAAAUGAUAUUAAAACUUAUGGACAUAAUCAAAAUGGAAAAAAAAAUAAAAAAAAUGAUGAGGAUGACUGUAAUACCAUAAAUGUGUGCAAAAAUAUAGACCAUAAAGAGGAUUUAAUAAAACCACAAAAUAAUUUGGUAAAAUUUACUAGGAGUAAAUCAAUUUUUUAUGAAAGUGAAAGAAUAAUAAAAUGCGAAAGUGGGACAGGGGGAGAUGGUGCUCUUAGUUUUAAAAAGUUUAAAAGAAAGGUUUUUGGAAAUUUAGGGAUACCUAAUGGAGGAAAAGGGGGAGAUGGUGGAAGUAUAUAUUUGUGUUAUUCAUCUGUUAAAGGAAAUAUUAAUCAUAAAAAUGUUGGAAAUAAAAAAAAUGAUGAUAAAAAUAAACAUAUUUUUAUUAACAACUUAUCAGAGUUACCUUGUGCUAUAUUAGCUACAAAUGGGGGGAAAGGAAAAGCAAAUCAAUUGAGAGGAAAAAAUGGUACCAAUAUUUUUUUAUAUUUAAACAAAGUUUGUCAUGUUUAUAAAAUUUUACCAGAUCAAAAUGAUAAAGGUAAUAAGGAUAAUAUAAAUGGGAAUGAAUUGUGUCAUGGGAAUAAAGUUGCUAACCAUAAAAAUGUUCCAAGCAAUUUGGAUAACCUAAAAUUAGAAAAAAAAACAAAUGCAGAGGAUACAAUAAAUGAAAAUUUAUAUGAAAAAAAAGAAAAAAAAUUAAUUUAUUAUAAAUCGAAUUAUGAAGAAAAUGUUUAUAACAUUAUAAAAAAAGAAGAUCCUGUUUAUCUUAAAAGAAAUCAACAUAUUUUAAAACAAAUAAAAAUUAUGGACCAAAACAUAAGAAAAGAAAAAUAUAUUGGACUUUUGUGCGAAACAAAUAAUUGUAUUUUACUAUCAAAAGGAGGAAUGGGGGGUAAAGGGAAUAAUAUGCAAAACACAUUUUCAUUUGAAAAAGGGCAAAGUGGUGUUAUUAAUUAUAUACGUGUUGUAUAUAAAUGUAUUAGCGAUAUAUGCUUUAUAGGAUAUGAUGGAGUUGGGAAAUCAACUCUUUUGUCUUUAAUUACACAUCAAAUUCACACUGUUAAUAAUUUAUACAUAUUAAAAAAAAUAUUUUUUAAAGACAAUUACCAGAUAUCGGUGGCAGAUUUUUUUAGUGAAAAAAGCGAAACUUCUCAAAAUGACGAGAAAAAUAAUAUAACUUUUAAUAUUAAUCCAAAUUUUAUGAAAUAUAUGGAGUUAACUCACCUUCUUGUAAUAAUUCUUGAUAUCAACAUGGAUAUAGCUGCUCAGUUUUGCAACAUCAGGGAAGAAUUAAAGCGGAAAGAUGACCGUAUAUAUCAAAAACCUUAUAUUGUCGUUAUAAACAAAUGUGAUUUAAACUUCAAAGAAAAAAUGAAUAAGGUGGAGGAAGCUUAUAAAGGAAUAAAAAAUUAUGAUAAUAAUAUUCCCAUUUUUUUUGUCAGUGCAAAAUACGGAAUGGGAAUAACAGAAUUUGUCAAUUGUCUAAGGAAUUGUGUACAAAAAUUAAAGCAUAAUAAUAGUUUUUUUUCACGUUUAUAA